AUUCAUUCAAAAUGGCUGCCGCGCUUUGACAGCGAUGAGCUGUCCUCAAUGGCUGGGCCGUCCGUUUUGCACCAAGUUCUGCACUCGUAGUGGUGAUAGGCCGAGGCAUGUGCCCAACGGAUGUCCUGUGAAAUGAACAAUAGACCAUUAUUUGUAUGAAUCAAAUUUGAAAUCAUCUGUCGAGAGCAAUUGACGACGGUCUCAUGAUUUGGUGACAUCGAUGAAUGGUGAAAACAUUCUUGCGAUGCAGAGCAACGGCGCUCUUGUUACGGUGCUGCUACUGCUGCUCACCGUUGAGAGUCAAAGCCAGGACCCAACACCCAUGCCAUUACAGCCUAUUGUUAUUCAUGGCAAUUAUUCAACAAACUAUACAAUGCACAUAAAUACUUCUAUCGAAUAUGUGUUCCUGUACAGUGAAAUUGGCAACGUCACUUUAGACGGUGCCCGAAUAAAGGUAGAGAGCAAUGCAAAUUCCGAUCUUCCUCUUAUUGUAGUUGUUCGCCAAGCAAAAGGAAUAUUAUCUUGGCAACUUCCUUUUAGUGUAAAAACGGCUGGGGAUUCAAAUGUCACAUUUAGCACAACAAGUAGAACGUUAUGUCCUUCGAGCAGUUAUCAGAACUUCCAAAGUGGCGGUAGAAAAGAAUUUGUCACCGUUAGCAUAUCUACCGCAAGUGAAUCAAACAUAGAGUUUAGUUUGAACGUCUCACAAGUCAAUGAUUUUUACAUCUUGGCCGAGGAAAAAAGGACUGUAACAAUUUCCCCUGCUGAACCCAUUUAUUAUGCAUAUAAAUUCCCAAAUCCUGGAAAAAUGGAAAGCUCAUCUGUGUUAAUGCGAGUCGAAUCAAACAGUGAUACUUGUAUGACAGUUUCGAUUCAAGAUCAAUCGUGUCCAGUGUUUGAUUUGGAACGAAAUAUUCAGUUUUCUGGAUACUGGCAAACUGUUACUAGGAGAGGUGGAAUCACAAUACCAAGGGAAGCAUACCCAAACGGCUUUUUUGUCGUGCUUGUCAUGAAAGGAGAUGAUAGCGAUUGUUCUGGUAGCAUUACCCCGGGUUAUCCUGGAAAUAAAACGGUGACCUUAUCAAUACAGCCGAGCAUAACGAGACGGGAUUACAUAUUUGCUUCUUCUGUAGUUUUAUCAGUUAUGAUAGGCUUCUGCUUAUUCUAUACAAUCGGUGUUGUCGCACUGAGAAUUAGAGACGGAAGGAAAUUGAGAGAGCAAUUAUUGAGUGAUCAGGAUGACACCGAAGGAACGGACGGCAUCGGUGGCCUAUCUCCAAUGGACGAGGUCGGUCCGAGCCAAUGGGCUUCGGUUGACGAGGACUCUUCCCUGGAUGAAGAUGACAUUGACAUGUUAGAGGAUGCGCUUUCUGACAAAGAGGUCAUACGGACUAAGCGUGUACUAUCGGUGUGUGAUCUUGCUCGUAAAGAUCCCAGAAUUUUAAGGCACAAAUCCCGGUUAUACUUGUACUAUCUAGGAACAGUCGCAGUGUUCUAUACCUUACCCGUCAUACAAUUGGUGAUCACUUAUCAACAUGUGCUGCACGUAACUGGAAAUCAAGAUCUCUGCUAUUAUAACUUUUUAUGUGCCCAUCCAUUGGGUCUGUUAUCGGACUUCAAUCACGUCUACUCCAAUUUAGGAUAUGUGUUAUUGGGUUUACUAUUCAUCCUAUUGACAUACAGCAGAGAGCGGAGAGAACGGGACGAAGAAAAGAAUAAAAGUUUUGGGAUACCGCAACACUUUGGUCUCUUCUAUGCCAUGGGUGCCGCUCUGAUGAUGGAAGGUGUACUGUCGGGCAGUUAUCACGUGUGUCCCAAUCACAGCAAUUUUCAAUUCGACACAAGUUUUAUGUAUAUAAUGGCAGUGCUAUGUAUGGUAAAAAUUUAUCAAACACGACAUCCUGACAUCAAUGCUCGAGCUCCGGUCACAUUUGGUGUCCUAGCGUUUGCUAUAUUCCUGGGAUUAGUCGGGGUUUUAGAUGGCUCCAAAUACUUUUGGAUAAUUUUCACUAUAUUACAUCUUAGCGCUUGCUUGGCAUUGACAGCCCAAAUUUAUUACAUGGGUCGUUGGAGAUUCAACCGAGGACUUUGUCAUCGGAUUGUCAUGAUAGUAAGACAUGACGCACGCACAGGCGUUAUGAACAUACUGCGACCUGUCUAUGCUGGACGAAUGGCGUUACUGAUAAUUGCAAACGUGUGCAACGUGGCCCUUGCAGUAGUGGGAAAUAUGCAUCAUGAAAAGGACUUUGACACAUACUUAUUGGCAGUAUUGAUGGCCAAUCUACUCCUUUAUACAUUCUUCUAUAUUGUAAUGAAGGUCUGUCACAAAGAGAGGAUUUUGAUUCAACCAGCGAUCUACAUCAUUCUAUCUUUUAUGACUUGGGCAGCGGCGAUGCACUUCUUUCUACGCAAGUCAAUAUCAUGGGCCUUGACGCCGGCACAAUCCCGUAUAUACAAUAAGCCAUGCGAAUUAUUGAACUUUUUUGAUCCCCAUGAUAUUUGGCACUUCCUAUCCGCUUUAGCAAUGUUCUUUUCGUUCAUGGUGCUAUUAACAUUAGAUGAUGACCUAGUCGACGUACAUCGAAGUCAGAUACCAGUCUUCUAGUUAUCGAAGAUCACUCAUUUUCACUAGACUGAAUUGUUAUUUCAUGUGAUAUAAACAGUGUAAAUAUUAA